CCCGCACGCCUUCCCGCUCUCGCACGCUGCCCAUCGGCGCUUCCAGCGCAACCUCCCUACUCUUCGGGGCGCAACGGAAUCCUCCCGACCUCGUCGCCAGCUCGUGGACAUGGAGACCCCCACCUGGCCCCGGGUGCCCUGCCCCGAGGCCGCCGUCGCUCGGAUGCUCCUGCUCGGCUGGGUCCUCCUGCAGGUGGCCGGAGCCUCAGGGACUACAGAGGUAGUAGUAGCAUAUAACUUAACUUGGAAAUCAACUAAUUUCAAGACAAUUUUGGAGUGGGAACCCAAACCCAUCAAUCAUGUCUACACUGUUCAGAUAAGCCCUAGACUUGGAAAUUGGAAGAGCAAAUGCUUCUACACCACAGACACAGAGUGUGACCUCACCGAUGAGAUUGUGAAUGACGUGAAUCAGACCUACGAGGCGCGGGUCUUGUCCUACCCAGCUGAUGCCACCGAUUACUCUGGGGAGCCUCCAUUUACAAACUCCCCAGAGUUCACACCUUACACGGAGACAAAGCUUGGACUGCCAACAAUCCAGAGUUUCAAACAAGUUGGGACAAAACUGAAUGUGACCAUACAAGAUGCACGCACCUUAGUCAGGAGGAACGGCACCUUCCUAAGCCUCCGGGAUGUUUUUGGCAAGAACUUAAGUUACACACUUUAUUACUGGAAAGCGUCAAGUACAGGAAAGAAAACAGCCAAGACAAACACUAAUGAGUUUUUGAUUGAUGUGGAUGAGGGAGAAAGCUACUGUUUCAGUGUUCAAGCAGUGAUUCCAUCACGGAAGUCUAACCAGAAGAGUCCAGAAAGUUCCAUUGAGUGCACGCACCACAAGAAAGAAAUACUCCUCGGCAUUGUAAUUGUGGUGCUCGUGGCCGUCAUCCUCACCAGCAUCCUGUCUGUGACCCUAUACAAGUGCAGGAAGGGGCGCGCGCAGCAGAGCGGGAAGGAGAGCUCCCCACUCAAUGCUGCAUAA